AUGAUAAUAAAGUUAUCCAUCCACCCUGGCAUCUUUAUCAAAAUAUGCCAGCGAAUCUACCGCUCAGUAAAUGUUUUGGGCGUGGCCCAACUUGGGACAGCUUGCACAACAAAGGCAGUGGGUGUGGUGAUCGACAGGGGACAAGAAGAUACUAUCCAAGUGGCUGCACAUGAGAUUGGACAUAUUCUGGGUGCACCUUACGACGAAGAGAAAGGAAAUACGUGUCCUGCCAGGUAUAGGUACAUCAUGNCCGCCAGGUACAAUUCAUUCGGCAGAAAUAACCACCACACAUUUUCUCCUUGCUCCAUGGAGUAUUUCCAGAAUUAUGCUCACAAAUUAGACAGACCUGACACCUCAGUGCACAACAAAAACACCAACCCACUAUGGCAAGCCCCCAAAGAGACAUGCACUCAAGAUAAGCAUGCCCAAUGGUGCAAUGAUUAUAUGAAAACUGAAAAAACUAGAAAAGCCUAUUGCAAAGACUACAUUAAUUCCUGCUGCAAAACGUGUGCUCCGUACGUUUCAGAAAAAUCUUUAAGUAAAUUGGAAGGAAGUAGAUCAAGAGAACAAGUUGUAGAUGACACAGAAUUAAUAAUAUUAGUAAGUUCUAGAAGAAUUACUGGAAUAAAUACAGAAAAAGAUUCAGUAUGUUUCUCGAUGAAUCUUACAAACAAAUCGAUUUUGAAAUUUGCUCUGAACUUCAUAAGUGAUGGAGAAGUAGUUAAAGAUCGAGGAAGAAAAUUCCAAAGAAAACGACCAGGGAAAGCAAAAGCAGAUUUAGCAUAA